AGUAAAUUAAAGGAAGAAAACAUAUCAAUAUGGAAUUUAUGUCACACUUUCUACCAUCUUUAAUGCUCCUACUAUUUGUGAUAACCUAUAGUUACAAAAUAAAGAAAAGAAACAACACAAAAAAAAGUUUCAAACUACAAGCUCCAGAACCAAAAGGGAGAUUGCCUAUUAUAGGACAUCUUCAUUUUCUAAGAGGUAAAGUACCUUUAGGUAGAAUACUUGGAAAGUUAGCAGAUGACUACGGGCCGGUUUACUCUCUACGGCUCGGUAGUCGUCGAGCAUUGGUCGUGAGUAGUUGGCAGAUGGUGAAAGACUGUUUCACGACCAAUGACAAAAACUUUUCAACUAGACCAAAUUUGGCAAUUAGCCGGCACAUGGUCUAUGACAAUGCUGGUUUCGCGCUUGCCCCAUAUGGGCAGUACUGGCGCGAAAUCAGAAAGUUGGUCACCUCAGAACUAUUUACGAGCCAGUGUGUUGAAAAGUUCAUGAAGGUUCGUGACUUAGAAGUGAAGAACUCGAUUAAUGAGCUCUUUUUGAUGUGCACAAGAAAUGAAAAACGAACAUCUGUAGUCAAGAUGGACAAUUGGUUUGAGCACAUAACUUUCAAUAUACUUAUAAGAAUCUUAGUUGGGAAAAGAUUUUAUAAUGGUUACAGCAAUGAUGAAAGUAACCACGAAGAGUCGCGUAUAAAGGAAGCUGUAAAGAAAGGGUUGUAUAUUAGUGGUGUUUUUGUUGUGUCUGAUUUCUUUCCUAAUUUGGAAUGGAUGGACAUUGGUGGGCAUGUGCAAGCUAUGAAGCAAGUUGCGAAAGAUGUAGAUGGCGUCGUUGAAAAGUGGCUUGACGAGCAUAUUGAGCAGAGGAAAGAGUCUGAUUGCAGUAAUAAAGAAGUCGAUUUCAUGAAUGUGAUGCUAAAAAACUUGCCAAAAGAUGUCAAAAUGAAUGGACGCGACAGAGAAACCAUCAUCAAGGCAACAACAAUGAUGCUUAUGUUGACGGGUUCAGAAAGCACUGCUUUAACAAUGACAUGGGCAAUCUCUUUACUAUUGAAUAAUCCUGACAUCCUGAAAGCGGCCCAUAAGGAGCUUGACAUCCAUGUAGGCAGAGAGAAAUGGGUGGAAGAAUCGGAUAUAAAAAAUCUGAAAUAUCUACAAGCCAUAGUAAAGGAAACACUCAGAUUAUACCCACCAGGUCCCCUGGCAGGACCUCAUGAGGCCAUUGAGGACUGCUAUGUCAGGGGAUAUCAUGUCCCCAAAGGGACACGUCUAAUUGUGAACGUGUGGAAGCUUCAUCGGGAUCCCCAAGUGUGGUCAGAUCCCAAUGAGUUUAAACCGGAGAGGUUUCUUGAACAGCACAUGGAAGUAAACUAUCAGGGUCAGAACUUUGAAUACAUCCCGUUUAGCACUGGAAGGAGAAUGUGCCCUGCGACCACAUUUGCUUUGCACGUGGUUCACUUGACACUUGCUCGGUUACUUCAAGGGUUUCACUUGUCAACACCAAUGGGGAAGCCAGUGGACAUGACUGAGGGUUUAGGAGUUGCCUUGCCAAAGGUGAAACCGUUAGAAGUUACAAUCACUCCACGCCUUUCUCCAGAGCUCUAUCAGACCUAUGAAAUAGAGCAUUCUGAAGUUCAACAAGAAGCCAUCAGCUGUGUACGUAUAUGAAUGUAUCAGAUCUCAUAUCCAUAUAUUUUAAAGAAUAAGGUAAGAUCCUAGCAAGUUACAUUACUUCCGCAAAAGAGUAUUCUCAGCUCAAUGUAUAACUUCAACGCAUAUGUACUUGUAACGAAAUUAUUAGCUAUCUGUAUGACAUGAGAACCAAUUAACCUA